UGAAGGCCCUUCCUUUUUUUCUAUCGAUGAAUCUGUAAUGCUUUUCUUUGCUCCAAAGUAGUGUAACCAGAUGCAGUAUUCGAGGCUAGAGAAAGAUCUUUGCACCGUCUGGGAGGGAGUCAGGCUGGAAGUCUCUCCCAGUCCUACCUGGAGAUGCCACUGGGGAUUGAACCAGAGACCUUCUGCAUGCAAAACAGAUAACUGCUAAGGAGCACCAUGCCCUGUAAACAGUUGUGGACCCAGCAGUUUGACAUUGCUGAGAAACAUUGGCUAACGACGUGGGACUGACGACCACCAAGCCUUGGGGUGGCGAUGGCAGCAGAGCGCAGAUCUGUAGCCGCCUGGGCUGUCCAGCUGGAUUCCGUGCCAGAGGACGGAGUGAAGACUGAGGCAGCGGAGGACAUGUCGGAAUCUGACCCAGGCAAAGCUGCAGUGAAAGGCCCUCUGGCUAUCCGCUUGGCGAACAUGGACAGAUUCUGGGAAGAAACUGCACUGGACCAUAUUAAGCGGGAACCCGAGGGAGGGCCUCAGGAGUGCUGGGAAGCUCAGUGGCAGAGAUUCCUAAAGGGCGUGCGGUCUGCUCAGCCUGAACCAGGAAACAUGCAGCUGGGGAGGGACGGCCCGAGAGACAUCGAUCCUCAGGCUGAUUUGGCUCCCUUGGAAGGGGAAUUGGAUGGGAGGCUGCAGCCUGGGCGAGACCAGGCGGCCCAAGUCUUGCCUGGCCCCGACAGAGAAAGCCACCAGCCUGCCCGCAGCAUUUUGGCCACGGACAAGGCGGAUUUCGGGGAAGUGAAGGAGGAGAUCCCAGACGAGGCGGCCACCACCCCGGAAGUGGAGCGGCUCUGCUUCCGGCAGUUCCGCUACCAGGAGGCUGAGGGCCCCCGGGAGGUUUGGGAGAUGCUCUGGAAGCUCUGCCAUCGGUGGCUGAAGCCGGAGAGGCACACCAAGGAGCAGAUCCUGGAGCUGGUGAUCCUGGAGCAGUUCUUGGCCAUCCUGCCCCAGGAGAUGCAAGGCCGGGUCGGAGAAGGUAGGCCGGAGACUUGCUUUCAGGCAGUCGGCCUGGCAGAGGAUUUCCUGGAGAGGCAGGAAGAGAACGAGCUACCGGAACGACAGGCCCUGUGGACAUUCAAGGAGGAAGCUGGUGAUUCCCCCGAGGCAGGUGGGGAUCUGUCGGACUCUGGUGAGUGGCCGCUCUUCAGAGAGGUCAAGCAGGAGGACACGGCUGCCGAUGUCCCUUUGCUAGCAGGUGGCGAGAGGACAUUUUGGAAGGAGAAGAAUAUGCUGGUCAAUUCUGAAGGUGAAGUACGUUGGAUGCUGCCAGGGAGAACAGAACAGACCAUUUCACGAUACCCUGACUGGGGAGAAACUUCUGAAAACCAGCAGGAAGCUUGCCCCCAUAAUGAAGAAGGCGAAUCCAUUCAUUUUCAGCUCCCUGCAAUGCCAAUCCAGCAAAGAAUUCUCAAAGGCGAGAUAUGUACUGAGUGUGGAAAAUCCUUUCGAUGUAAAGCAGAGCUCACUGAACAUCAGAGAAUGCAUUCAGGAGAGAAACCUUACAUGUGCCCAGACUGUGGGAAGAGCUUCUGCAGGAGGAAUGUCUUGGUUGCACAUCAGAGGAUCCACACUGGGGAAAAGCCCUUUAAUUGCCUAGACUGUGGGAAAAACUUCAAUCAGCGAUCACAUCUUACAGCUCACGAAAGAACUCACACGCAAGAGAAGCCAUUUGAUUGCCCUGACUGUGGACAAAGCUUUAGCAGGCGAACUGGACUUGUGGCUCAUCAGAGAAUACACACGGGAGAGAAGCCCUAUCAUUGCCCAGACUGUGGGAAAAGCUUCAGGCAGAGAUUCGACCUUAUUCGACAUCAAAGAAUCCACACAGGUGAGAAACCGCACGAGUGCCCUGACUGCACCAAAAGCUUCAGGAACAAGUCAGCUUUCCUUGUGCACAGGAGGAUCCACACAGAGGAAAAACCAUACCCAUGUUCAGGUUGUGGGAAAAGCUUCCGCCAUCGCACAAACCUCCUUGCGCAUGAAAGGAUUCACACAGGAGAGAAGCCAUACAAGUGCACAGAAUGUGGAAAGAGCUUUGGCGAUGGGUCAUCCCUUAUGAAACACAAGCGAGCCCACACAGGAGAGAAACCGUAUAAGUGCUUGGAGUGUGGGAAAUGUUUUUCACAGAACGCCGGCCUGGUACAGCAUGAGAAGAUCCACACAGGAGAGAAGCCCUUCCAGUGCCCUGACUGUCCUAAAAGUUUCAGGGACAAGUCAGCUUUUGUUGUACACCAGAGGACCCACACGAGGGAGAAACCGUAUCAUUGCUCAGGCUGUGGGAAAAGCUUUAGCCACCGCUCUAACCUUCUUAAGCACGAAAGAAUCCACACUGGGGAGAAACCGUACAAGUGCUUGGAAUGUGGGAAGGGCUUCACUCAGAAGCCAAAUCUCCUUGUGCACGAGAGGACACAUCUGAAAGAGAAAGCGUAGAUUUUCUCAGAGGGUGGGGAAUGCCACCUCACUAGGCAUCAGUGGAGGAGCAAAUAGCUGAAAAAUAAAUAAGGUCACAAGUCUCCUUUUAGAGAUGCUCCAGUCUCUUGGCAUUUCCUGCCAUUAUUGAACGGCAAAGAGGAAAGUCAGGAGAAGUGUGUGUGUGUUUAUUUGUGGCAUAAUAGUGUGGGAGGUCGUCAGGCCAUGGUCAAGUCUCAGUGUAGAUGGAGAGACCUUCUUGAUAAGGUUCUUUUCAUAUCGUUCAGCAGUGAAGCUUGCAGGGAUCAAAAACCAUCUAAGGACAUAAGGAGAGCCCUGGUGGAUCAGAUGGAAGGUCUGCUGACACCAGCAUCCUGUUUCCCACAGCUUAGUUUAGUUUCUUUGGAGACUGCUUUCCCGCAGGAGACUGCAUCCAAAACAGCUUACCAUGAACAUUAACUUGUUAUCGAGAUACAUAAUUUUUUUUAAAAGCUGCCAAUUUGUUAUAAGUAGAGAUAUGAAAGGCUAGGAAAAAAUCCUGUUUUGUCUGGUAUUUUCUUCCAAUUUUUUCCGUUUUUUUCCCCCUGGGCCUUCGCAUCUUUAAUAACAUGGGUUCCCCACUUCUGGUUCAUGGACCACCAGCGGUCUGCAAGCUUAUAUUGCUUCAUUUUUCCUGAUAUUGUAUUUUAGAAUCAUAGAAUCAUAGAGUUGGAAGGGGCCUUGUAGGCCAUCGAGUCCAACCCCCUGCUCACAGCAGGAAAUCCACAGCUAGAGCAUCUCCCGCAGAUAGCUGUCCAGCCUCUGCUUGAAGACAUCCAGCGAAGGGGAUCCCACCACCUCCCUAGGCAGUCGGUUCCAUUGCCGAACUGCCCUUACUGUCAAGAAGUUCCUUCUAAUGUCCAAUCUGAAUCUACGCUCCUGCAACUUAAAACCAUUAGACCUAGUCCUACCCUCUGGGGCAGCAGAGAACAAAUCUGUACCCUCCUCUAUGUGACAGCCCUUCAGGUACUUAAAGAGUGCAAUCAUGUCGCCCCUCAGCCUUCUCUUCACCAGACUGAACAUGCCAAGUUCCUUCAACCUUUCCUCAUAUUUUAUUAUACUAUAGCUUGAAUUCCAUGGAAUGCAAAUGCUAAUACAAUAAAAUCCAAUGUAAGAAAUAAAAGAAGCAAUAACAUUACAGUUAAAAAUCAUACAGCACCUAGCACCAGCACACUGCAAUUGCUACAACAGGCAGAAAAAACCAUUAAGUGGUCCUCGAAAACCCUCAGUAAUUGUCAAGUGGUCCGUGGGAACAAAAGUGUGGGAACCGCAGUGUUAUAACACAUAUCAAUAAAUUCAAAUAUGGCCAAAUGAGCAGUUUAAUAAAACACAGAGUAAAUUCAGUGUUACUAUGAAAUAAUCUAGGCUUAGUACCCAAGUACAAAGGUAACUAAAGUAAAUACAUUAAAAUAAAGCAACUCCCAUCAUUCCUGGAUACUGGCUGUGCUAGCUGAGGCUGAUGGUAGUUGGGAGUCCCCACAACAUCUGGAGGGUCAGAGGUUUCCCCACUGUUCCCAGACUGGCACUGUGAAGAUGUAUUGGGCUACAGCUCCCAUCAGCCCCAGCCAAUAUGGCUAAGGAUGAUGGGAGUUGUAGUCUGACAACAUUGGAGGGGGCAGCAAAUGGGCUUAGGCCUAGGCUGAACUGCUUAAGUCAUGUUAUUGCUGUUUCCUUUGUAUUUAUACACAUAAAUCCCUUUGUCUUUUACUCUUGCCUCCAUUACUGGAUACCACAGGAAGCAAGAGCCCUCUCCCCAUUGCUCAUCACUGGCAGCUGGUAUGUGGAGGUAGACUGCCUCUAGGCAUGUAGGUUCCAUAAACCCGUCUUGAGUGAUAGCCACUGAGGGCUGUAGCUAAGUGGCAGAGUAUCUGCCUUGCAUGCAGCAGGUCUCUGGUUCAGUCCCCAAAGUUUCCAGGGAGGGCUGGGGAACAGCCCUGCCUGAAACCCUAGAGAGCCGCUGCCAGUCAGUGUGGACAAUACCGAACUAGAUUGACCAAUGGUCUGACUCUGUAGAAGGCAGUUCCCUGUGUUCCUAUGCUUUCCUUCAUGAAUUUGUCCAGUCCCCGUUCAAAGCCAUCUUUAUUUAUUUUUCAUGUACAUCAUUCUACCUUUCCCGGAGGCUCAAGGUGAUACAUAUACUCUCCCCCGCCUAUUUUAUCUUCACAACAACCCUGUGAGGUAGCUCAGGCUGAAAGAGAUAGCGACCAGCCCAAGGCUCACCCGGUGAGAGCUUCAUGGCUUUGACUGCAGCUUUGAACUCGGGGCGCUCCAGUCCUAGCCAGACACUCUAAUCUCACCGCUGUGUCACACUGCUCUACUUUAAGAAGCCAGUGAACACCAGUACACCUUGUGGAAGGGAAUCCCAUGCAUUAAUUAUGCCAUGCGGGGGGGGCAGGGAGGAACCUGUGAUUCUCCAGAUACUUCUCGACUACAACUCAAUUAUGGAAUGAUCUCUCUGACGAGGUGCUCCUGGCGCCAACACUGUUAUCUUUUCGGCGCCAGGUCAAGACUUUCCUCUUCUCCCAGGCAUUUUAGCAUGUGUUUUAUACUGUUUAAAUUUUUUAAUUGUUUUUAUAAGAUCUGUUUUAAAUUGUAUUUGUUCUAAUGUUUUUAGUUACUGUAAACCGCCCAGAGAGCUUCGGCUAUAGGGCGCUAUACAAGUAUAAUUAAAUAAAUAAAUAAAUAAAUAAAACUCCUGUGGUCCCUGAGAUGCUGACAGGUGGGGCAGAUGUGGUCCAGCAAUAUCUGGAGGGCUACAGGUUCCCCAUCCCUGAAUUAUUGGAAGCGGCCUUCUACCAAAUUAGAUCAUUGGUCCAUCUAACUCAGGAUUGUCUGCACUGACAGGCAGCAGCUCUGCAGGGUGUCGGGCAGGGCACAUUCCCAGCCUUCCCUGGCAAUGCUAGGGAUUGAAUUUAGGACCUGCAUGCAAAGCAGGUGCUCUUUGCAGUGUCCCUGGGAAGAGGGAUUGGUCCAUUGUUAAGCCACUUGGGGAAUUGUAGCUCUGUGAAGGGGGUAGGGGGUCUCCUGACAACUUGGCACCCUUCACAAACGACAUCUCCCGGGAUUCUUUGGGGGAAGCCAUGACUGUAUGCUGAUGCUUUAAAUGGAGAGUGAUGCUGGGGCCCGAGCUAUUAUCAUUUUUGUGUGGGGGGAAAACAUGACUUGCUUUUAUCCAACUCAAAUCUGCCAGCCAGUUUCCUGGAGAAGAGAAGACUGAAGGGAGAUAUGAUAGCACUCUUCAAGUACAUGAAAGGCUGUCACACAGAGGAGGGCCGGGAUCUCUUCUCGAUCAUCCCAGAGUGCAGAACACGGAGUAAUGGGCUCAAGUUACAGGAAACCAGAUUUUGGCUGAACAUCAGGAAAAACUUCCUAGCUGCUACAGCGGUACAAAAAUGGAACCAAUGACCUAGGGAGAUGGUGGGCUCUCCAGCACUGAAGGCCUUCAAGAGGGAGCUGGACAGCCACCUGCCGGGUAUGCUUUAAGUUGAAUGCCUGCAUUGAGCAGAAGGUUGGAUGUGAUGGCCUUAUAGGCCCCUUCCAACUCUACGAUUCCAUGGUUAGAUCUACCCUAAUGACAGUAUCUAACCCAGCCUUCCCCAGCUGGCCACCUUCCAGAUGUUUUGGGCUAUAGCUUCCUUCAGCCCCAGCCAGCCUGCUCUAUUGACUGGGGCUGAUGUGGUUUGCAAUCCAAAAAGAUCUGGAGGGCAUUAGGUUGGGGAAGGCUGGCCCCAAUGGCAGCUAUUGCCUUCAGGCUUUACUUGGAGGCAUCUGAUUGGCCGCUGUGGGAAACAGGAAACUGGAGUUAGGGUCCCUCCAGGUUGGGGUGUGUGUGUGUGUUUCCAGGUGCAUUCUGCAACAUGUCACUGAAGCAACAAUAGUGCAUUAGGGCUGGAUUUAUACUGCACCGUCCAUACACCGUCCUACUUUCUUGGGUGUGCUUUAAUGUUUCCCCAGGGUUUCUACAUUAUUGCCAUCUGGAGGGACGCUGUGGCUCUUUAGGACAACAAAAACGGGACCAAAAAAAUGCAUAACCAGGGCGUUUGUGGAGUAAAAAGUUACAGGAUUCCAGCAGGAAGUGUCGGGACGUGCACUGAAUGGAAACCGAGCAAUAUGUCUGCCCCUCAAACUUUUGCAGGCACAAGCGGCAUUGAAAGCAGAAUCACUGCCCCAAUAUCAUGAGCGCAAAUCAUGAUGAAUGCUCAAUAAAAAGGAUCUGUGGAGAGAUCUUAAAUCUGAUCCAGCAGGGUUCCUCUUAUGUCCUUAUGAGCUUUUUCAAAUAUAGUUUUAUGUUGCAGCUGUACUUUUGAAUGAUCUGAUUGCCAGGGGUGGGGGUUUUAUGACGAGUCCAGACUGCUGUAUCACAGGAAAUGAAUAUGUGAGAUGUGACUGCUGAUGUAAAAGGGCUCUGAACUGUCUGCAGUUGUGCCAAAGAAAUAUUUGGAACUUGGUAUAGAAAUUAGCUUUCUUUUUUAAAAAAACAACAACUGGUUUCUAGUCCUUAUGAACAGAAUUAUAGACUCAACAAAUGGAGUGAGCAAAGCGUGGGAAAGUUGGAGGCAGGGGACUGGAAUAAGACUUCUGGCCUUGGCGGCAGCUCCUUAAAACUGAUCUCUUUGCUUCCGUCAUAGCCAGCAAAAACAAAAAGUUUUCAUCAUAUGAAUAGCAUACAGUACAUUUAAAGCACAUGGCUUCCCCCCAAAGAAUCCUGGGGAUUGUACCUCUAAGAGGGGUACACUACAAUUCCCAGGAUUCUUUGGGGGAAACCAUGUGUUUUUAAGUGCAUGGUGUGGACGUGACCUUAGAAUUUGGACGCCCUGUUGUAGAGUGUUGCUGUCUUUCAAAACAACCUAAAGCAGAUACAGAGCCCAGUGUGCAAGUGCUUGAAUUUUGAAGAAAGCCUAAAAUGCCAGAGCUGAUCUUGCGAAACGUCAAAGCAUCCGUGGGGAAGCAACAAUGAUAAAAGUGUUUGUGAAAAGGCAAUGUGCAGUAUUGUGUCAUUGUGGAUUUUUGGGGAGAGGGAAGGGGAGAGAAGAA